AUGUGGAACAGCAGCGAAGUUCCCCUGCAGCUCCCAGGCUCCAGGUCCUCCGACCGACUCUUACAGCCUUUGUGGAACUAUCUGAUCUUCCACCACUACUCUCUGGUCUCCUCACCAUUCUUCCCGGUCCUGCUUGCCUUUUCCAGCUAUUUCAUCUUCAGUCUUCCCUUUGCCAUCGUGGAUCUUCUGGGAGAACGAGCCUCGGUGUUCUACCGCUACAAGAUUCAGAAGGAGAGGCGUCCCACCCUGAGGAUGAUGGCCAAGAGUCUGGGGAUGGCCGUCUACAACCACUUGGUGUUCGUGGUGCCAGCCGUGGUGAUCAAUAACGUUGUGAUGCCAGCACCGCCGCUGCCUACCGUUGCACCCACGCUCUGGGAGCUGGUCUCAGGGGGAUUGGGUGCCCUUCUCAUUUUCGAUACUCAGUACUUCCUGUGGCACAUGGUGCACCACAAAAAUCCUCACCUGUACAAGUGGGUCCAUGCCAUUCACCACGACUACAUCUCCCCUUUCUCCUGGUCCACUCAACAUCUCAGCGCUGUUGAACUGAUGACGGUGGGAUUCUGGAGCAACCUUGACCCCAUCCUGCUCCAGUGCCACCCUCUGACCACUUGGACCCUCACCGUUUUCAGUAUCUGGUUGUCUGUUGAGGACCACAUCGGAUACGACUUGCCUUGGACUCCCAGUCACCUAGUGCCGUUUGGACUGCUCGGAGGUGCCAUGGCUCACGACAUGCACCACCAAAAACCAAGUAGUAACUUUGCACCUUUCUUCAGUCACUGGGACAAACUCUUCGGGACUGCCUCUACCUAUGUAAAACCAACUGAGACAGUAUCUUCCAGCUUGAAAGAAGCUUAA